GCCACGAGUAUCGACUUUCUGGUAUAUCGAUACUCGCGUUCAUUCAAACGGGUAACCCUAACCUCGGAACUAAACGUUGCCUUAAAAUGCGUCAUACUCGUGUACCAGCACGAUAGUUAAUAACAUUCCCGGUUUCCAGCGGAAGUAAACGAUGUCUGCGACGAAACAGCAGCAGAAUGCGCACGGCGAGCCGAAAGAAAGGAAGAGGAAAGAGAGCAUUCUUGACCUAUCGAAAUAUUUGGAAAAGAAUAUUCGAGUGAAGUUUGCUGGAGGAAGAGAAGCUGCAGGGAUUUUAAAGGGUUACGAUCCUCUUCUCAAUUUGGUACUCGACAAUACCACGGAAUACCUCAGAGAUCCCGAUGAUCCAUACAAACUGAAUCAAGACACUCGUAUGUUAGGCUUAGUUGUAUGCAGAGGUACGUCUGUGGUACUGAUCUGCCCAGUCGAUGGAAUGGAGUCUAUUCAAAAUCCUUUUAUACAGCAAGAGGGCUAAGGGAACUUGAUCGUCAAUAAUUUUACUUUCUACCAGAAAUUCAAUUCGAAAAACUCGAGUGGUCGGACUAAUUAUUUUUUUCAUUGAGAGUAGAUAUAAGUUAUCUUAAACUAUGUAACACUUAUACAGUAAAUAAACAUGAUUUUUGUAUAAAAAUA